CUCUGCUGGGAGCAGGAACUCAGAGCAAAGGAUCUUCAAAACUUGAGGGAGCUUUCCUCCAGACCCUGGGAAAAAUGGAUUCUCGAGCAUCUCAACAUGACUUCCGUCUCUUGUGGAACAUGGUUCCGUAGUGGAUCUGGGAUCUAAAAUGUCCACGGAGGCACAGAGAGUUGACGACAGUCCGAGCACAAGCGGGGGAAGUUCCGAUGGGGAUCAGCGUGAAAGUGUCCAGCCAGAACCUGAACGAGAGCAAGUUCAGCCCAAGAAGAAGGAGGGGAAGAUAUCCAGCAAGACGGCCGCCAAACUGUCAACUAGUGCGAAAAGAAUUCAAAAGGAACUUGCGGAAAUCACGUUGGACCCGCCUCCCAACUGUAGUGCUGGACCCAAAGGAGACAACAUUUAUGAAUGGAGGUCAACGAUAUUGGGACCCCCAGGAUCUGUCUAUGAAGGAGGGGUGUUCUUUCUUGACAUUACCUUUUCACCAGACUAUCCGUUUAAACCCCCUAAGGUAACCUUCCGAACAAGGAUCUAUCACUGUAACAUUAACAGCCAAGGCGUGAUCUGUCUAGACAUCCUCAAGGACAACUGGAGCCCGGCCCUGACCAUCUCCAAAGUCCUCCUGUCCAUCUGCUCACUCCUCACAGACUGCAACCCUGCCGACCCUCUGGUGGGCAGCAUUGCUACGCAGUACAUGACCAACAGAGCCGAGCACGACCGGAUGGCCAGACAGUGGACCAAGCGGUACGCCACCUAGGGUCUGCGCCUGUGCGAGCACACUCACCAAGUGCAUCAGUAGCCGCCUGCCCCUCCGGACCUCCGUUCUGUCUCCUGUUUUUAUUAAAUUUUGAACUGUUCUGUGACGGUGUGUCAUUUGUCCCCUCCCCCUUCCUGCCCCGCCCUCCACUUCUCUCUGGACACUUUUCUCCCUCCUUUUUGAUUUCUGUUAACUUGAAAGAUUUGGGUUGGUUUUUUUUUUUUUUUCCCACCCCAGUGUGGGUGGGAAUUUUUGUUUUUGGUGCAAACAGUGUUGGAUCUGUAACCGUAAGAACUUUCUCACAAAGCUGCGUAUUACUGUGUGGGUUUGGGGUUUUUUGUUGUUGUUUGUUUUGAGUUUUUUUCUUUUAUGUACUCUUCAAGAAAACACAUUCAGAAUUAUAUCUCGUUUCUACUUAAAUGUAGUGCUUAGGGUUAAUUUUUUUGUACUGAAGUCUCUACUGGUGGGUGCAUGCUACUGGGAGCAAAGUUUUGUACAAAAGUUCCAAUCAGAAUCACUGUGCAUUACUAAGACCCUGUUUAUCACUAGCCUUCUGUCCCCCACGCAGAAGACUGUUGGAUUGAACAAAAUAAUAUGUAUUUUGAUUUACUUAAAGUGCUUGUAAAUUUCUUAGGGAUCUGCCACUUUUGACUGUGGAUCAGUUCAUGUACGCUUGUAUUAUUAAAGCACUCAAUAAAUCACUGUGGCUGAUCAACGCAUCUCUG